CCAUAUUGAGGAUUCGACGCUAGUGCCUCUGGUACAGAGAGCGACAUCUGGCGCUUUCCUGUGUCACUUCAUUCGCGAUUGGUCAUUCCGACGAAAUCGGUCGAUUAUCUCUUACUCUCUCUCUCUCUCUCUGUCUGCAUUUUUCCUUACCUCGGUUUCCUUACCCAACAGUGUUGGUACUCAUGUCGUGGAUGUGGAAAAAAAAAACUUUAUCAAUUCCUAUAUCUCCGUAAAAUUGUUUAUCUGUGUAAAUAACGUUUCUUUAACGCCAAAGAUACUUCAUAUACAAUUGUUUUUUCCGUAUCGACGCGUUAUCUCGCAAUAAAGUUGCAACAUUGUUGGUUGAGAGGUGUCAUGUAAACGUGGUCUAGUGUGUCACUCCCUUGUCUCGUGCGUGGCCUCAGUCCUUUUCCCGCCUAUUGCUAGGUGCAUUUUGCCGGUGGCCCAGUAACGUAGUAAGAAGAAACGUCGCUGCUUGCGGUAUGUUCUAGGUUUGACGUUUCGCACCCUCGCACUCUCUCUUGGUCCGGUCGCUGUCAAAACGGAGCGGCCGAGGAGCGCAGCUCCAGGAGCAAAAGAACGCGUAAAGUGACCGGACGUAACGCGGUGUAAGACAAAGAAUCGCCGCGAGCGGACCGCGAAAGGACCGGAUGAAUGGAUGGUCGUGUCGCGGUCCUUACUGGCGAAAUGUACACUCGAUCGGUGUAGCUGGCUGGAGAUCCUUUUUUCUUCUUCUGUGUGUGUUUAUGUUGCAGAGAAUUUCCCGAUUCGACGCGAUGGCACACGACAGGCUGGACAUAGACAAACCCCUUUGGGAUCUCAACACCUUCGUCGGAAGAUGGAAGUACUUCGCGUGGAUGACCGACUUUCGCACGUGCGUCGUGCGCGAGCCGGAACUAUUAGCUGCCAAGGAGUUAUGCGAGCAGUACAGGCUUGGCAAAGAGCCAGCCGGCACAACCAGAGAUCAAAUCGUCUACGCGAAGAAACUGUACGAGUCGUCUUUUCAUCCCGACACCGGCGAGCUGCAAAACGUCUUCGGUAGAAUGUCCUUUCAGGUGCCGGGAGGAAUGGCCAUCACCGGCGCCAUGCUCCAGUUCUACAGGACGACGCAAGCGGUGGUUUUCUGGCAGUGGGUCAAUCAGUCCUUUAACGCGCUCGUUAAUUACACCAACAGAAAUGCGAACAGUCCUGUGACCACCACCCAAUUGGGUGUAGCUUACGUUAGCGCUACCUCCGCGGCUAUGAUAACCGCGAUCGGAUGUAAAUCGUUCUGGCAAAAACGCGCGAGUCCUUUAAUGGCCAGGUACGUUCCGUUCGCCGCAGUAGCGGCCGCUAAUUGCGUAAACAUCCCUCUCAUGAGACAGAACGAAAUCAGAAACGGAGUGGACGUUGUUGACGAGGACGGCAAAAAAGUAACGAAAUCAAAGCUCGCGGCUGUGAAAGGCAUUAGUCAGGUCGUCAUUUCACGUAUCGUCAUGUGUGCUCCCGGCAUGCUCAUCCUACCGCCUAUAAUGGAGAGAUUGGAGAAAUACGCGUGGAUGCAAAAAAUCAAACCUCUGCACGCGCCGAUACAAAUUCUAAUGUGCGGAAUUUCACUGUCGUUUAUGGUGCCGACAGCGUGCGCGCUGUUUCCGCAAAAUUGUUCAAUCAGGGCGACUACUCUAGAGCGCUGGGAACCGGAAAACUACGAACUGCUGAAGAAGAACAGCGAGAGCGGUAAACUGUCGACGUAUCUGUAUUUUAAUAAAGGUUUAUAAUGUUGCGCGUGAAAGAUUCUAGUGUGUCACGAAACGUUCUCGAGUAAGCGGUAUGUAGUCCAUUUUUUUUUUUUUUUUUUGUAAAUAUCAAUCGUUAUUUCAAUUAACGCACACGUGAAUAUUUCUGCUGGAUCAGAAUCGAUGACAAAAAAGAAAACAAAAAAAACAAGUGUUAAGUGAAAAAAUUUCCUUGAACUCUUUUAUCGAAAUUUAUCAACUUUUCUCUUGUAUGAUUUGGAGAUUCUUAAAAUUUUGAAUGCUACAACAGGGUUCUAACAAGAGAAAAUUCCGUCGAGAUGCGCAAAUACAAUACUUAUUAAGAAUACUCGAAUGUAACGCGUUAUAUACUUAGGAGCAACAAAUAACGUAACGUUGACAAUACGGAUUGGUGCUUUAUCGAGAUAGUCACUCAAUCGAAUACCGUAGCUAUAAGAGUUUGUUUCACUAAGUGUUGGUUAAUAAUCAGUCAAUAAGUGCCAUUUUUUAUGACGAGCGUCUUACCUCAUCUUAUAAGUUCCUUGUGUUCGCCAAGUGCUGCAAGAAUGUUUUUUUUUUUUUUUUUUUUUUCCGCAGAGUAACGUUAAAACACUGACACGUUACUUGAUUGUCAUUCUUAAAAUCUUGUUUUUUUUUAAUUUAUGACAAAGUUGUUUGAAAAUUUAUGAAAAUGCUGCCAUGUAUAGUAAUACAUUUUGCUACACAUGUAAGUCGCAAGACAAAAAAUAUAGCAAUACGAACAAUUACCACGUCAAUAAACAAUUGAAUCUUG